UCCAGGAAGGACAAGGACUUCAGACUGAUGUUCUUGUUCCAGGUGGAGUCAGUGUCUGGCUUUGUCGAACAGUUCAGCGAGUGUCAUCCCAGAAUGCUCCAGUUCCUUGAUGACACCGAGGGCUGUGCCGUCCAGCUGGACAGGAUGAAGAAGGGCUCUGAGAUCUCUAGUGUGGCUGGGAGAUAGGUCGGGGCCGUUGGUGGGGUCAUGACCCUUGUAGGUCUGCUUCUAGCCCCGGUGACAGUCGGGGGGUCUCUGGCUUUGACCAUCGGAGGGUUUGGUCUGGAGGCUACCAGUGGAGCAGCCUCCGACACCACAGUAACAGAGAUGGUAGUCAAUGAAGUACAGCAGAAGAAAGCCUGUGAAGGCCUUCAGAGCUUCAUGCAGGAUGAAGUCCAGAGGUGCCUGGAUGAGGUCAUCAACCAGAGGGGAGAGAUAUUAGGAGGGGAUCAUUGGGAUACUGCUGAAGGAGCCGCGAGAGUUGUUUCUGCAGUUGGUGGAAUUGGCUUCAGUGUUCGUAUGAUUUUUAAAGCUAGAAAGGCUGCAAGAAUUUCACGAAUAGCAUCACAAGCAGCAAAGUGAACCUUGGCCGCCACCAAGGUUGCUGCUAGUAUUGGGUUGUAUGUCUUCUUCAUUGGUUUUGACAUCUUCACCAUCUGCAAAGAGAGCAGAAAUUUGGCCAGAGGGGAACAAAGUGAAGUCUGA